AUGAGCAAAAACAACAACAACUACAACUACAACACCACAGACUUCAUCUGCCUGUUCCUGUGCACCUUAAAUGCCCACUGGCUGUGCCACACGGCACAUCCAUGUGGCAGGUCUCCCUGCAUUUGUCUGCCUGAUUCUGUCUGGUUGUCCGAGAUUCCAGUACAGUCCGACGAAGAAACUGAACCCAAGCUGGGUCAAAGCAGUCCGGUGGGGAAGAUCAGCAGCAGAGAACAAGUUUUACUCUCACCUCAACGGCACUACCAUUUACUUCCUGCCCUGUAUGUGAAUGGCUGCCACGCAUCCUUACCGAGGGAAGGAAAAAUGCCACAGUCAGGUAUACUGUGGAGUGCAAACUUAAGCGCAACCAAUAAUAUGCGUAACAGAGGGCUUAGUGAUGUAGCAGUUAUAGGACAUGGGAGGGAGACCAGGGCUUAAAUCCAUGCUCAGCCAUGAAACUCAAUGGUUGACCUUUGGCCAAGCACUGCCUCUCAGCCUACCCUACCUCCCAGGGUUGUUGCAAUGAUAAUUCAACCUGAAGCGAGGGCAGAGGCAGCGGGGCCUCCUGGGGGACUGAUCCCCACUCUCCCCUUCCUCUCAGGGUAAAAAGGUAAAGGGACCCCUGACCAUUAGGUCCAGUUGUGACUGACUCUGGGGUUGCGGCGCUCAUCUCGCUUUAUUGGCCGAGGGAGCCGGCAUACAGCUUCCAGGUCAUGUGGCCAGCAUGACUAAGCAGCUUCUGACGAACCAGAGCAGCACACGGGAACGCCGUUUACCUUCCCGCUGGAGUGGUACCUAUUUAUCUACUUGCACUUUGACAUGCUUUCGAACUGCUAGGUUGGCAGGAGCAGGGACCAAGCAAUGGGAGAUCACCCCGUCGCGGGGAUUCGAACCGCUGACCUUCUGAUCGGCAAGUCCUAGGCUCUGUGGACCAACUCGGCCCUCCAGCUGUUUUCGGACUACAGUUCCCAUCAUCCCCGACCACUGGUCCUGUUAGCUAGGGAUGAUGGGAGCUGUAGUCCCAAAACAGCUGGAGGGCCAAGUUUGGCCAUCACUGCUGCUUCCAUUGGUGAAAUGCAUGGCACCCCGCGUCGCCCUUUUAAGAGGCGUGCUUGUCCUCCACGUGCUGGCGGUGAGUGACUGAAAUACAUAAACAGAGGCAGAGCAGCAGCAGCAGCAGCGAGAGCAGAAGGAAGCCGCGGUUGACCGAUAAUAACCUCCUCCGUGCAGCGCCGGCGGAAUCUAUAUAAGGAGCUCCGGGUUCAACAGAUCUCCUGGUCUCCGUCCGUGGGGCAGCUGGCAAGGGGCAGAGGCAGCUCUCCCCGCCGCCUUACUCGCCCCGCCUGCAAAUAACAACCACCACACAACAGCCACAACCCCUUUGCCCGGGUCCAGGGGGACUAUCCUCAGGCUUCGUGGCGAGGACUUUUCUCUUUUCCAUUCCCCAUCGAAGGGGACAAGAAAGACACCCUCAGAUCAAACUGGCGAGCAGGUAAAAUGAGAUGGGGUUUUUUUGGGGGGGGGAAUGGGGUUGGGGCUGGGAAAAUGGUUGGGGGUUCAAGGGGGUUGUUGAAAAUCAGCCCACCCCCGGUUAAGAUGGACUUUGGGGGGCUCCCCCUACUUCCACCCACCCCACACCAGCCGCCCCAUAGAAAGCUGCCGGGGCUUCAUUUGCGCCUAUGCAAAACCGACACAAAGAGCCUCAGCGCUGGCGCCGAAAACAACUCACUUUGGGGGACCUCGCUGUUUUUCUUCCCAUGCUUUGCGUGGGGCUGGGGAAGCAGACCUCUGAGCAUGUGCAGAGUGCGUUUUGGUCCUCUCUCAUACACACCUUCCUCCCCCGCACGUUCCGAGCAUGCCUGGGCGCCCCAGCACCCUUAUUUUUCUGUUCCGUUUCGUUUCGGUGCCUGUUGGGUGCAACUCCGGCCGGGAAUUGGGACUCGUUUUGGAGAGGACAAAAGAGGCGAGGCGAGCCUGGCUUGGCGAGGCAUGUAAAUGUUUGGGGAUCUAGCUAGAGACAAAAAGCGACGCCUCAAGUUGCUUGAGGUCCCCCCAGAUGUAUUUUCCUUUCGUUUUCUUCCUUUCUAUCCUGCCCCUCUUUGUUUCCCCCCUGUGUCAAAACAACACAUUUAGUUCCUCAGGGUUUAGCUGAGGAGUUGAAUGGAGGCAGCGCGCAAAUUUGUUAUUUUUCCUCUCAGCAGAAAAGGCUCUCUGCACGAGACUUGGGGCACCUUGAAAAGCAACAAAUAAGGUUUCUGGCGGCAUGGAGGGUUGGUUCCCUUGGAGCCGAGCCUGAGAGAGGGAGCCUGUUUUUCUCUCUUUCUCUCUUUGGACUGCUGCUUUAUCAGAAGACGCCUGCAGUUGGGGCUGUUGAGGCAAGACCCAAAAAAAAAUAGGGCUGCGAGGAGAGACAGACAGAUACGAGGAGCUCUUAAGUAGCUAGAAAUGACCGAGAGUAACCCCGGGGUACGUAUGGCAGCUUAAUGAAAGCCAUCAGCCUGGCAAAUGGAACAAUAAUAAUAAUAAUAAUGGUGCAAAUCCAUCUCAUCUGAUGGAUUUUGCACCUCAGCCCUGGUAAAAAAGCACUCUGGACACAGGAAAAGUUUUUUGGGGUUUUUUUUUUGCAAGGAGAAGCAACAUAUAGCAAUAACAAUAUAUUUGUAAGAAUAGUAGCAAUAAGUUUAAAACAUGCUUCUGGUCUUUUGGCCCACUGUUGUGGAAACGGAUUUCAUUCUUUGUGAGUCAGGGCCCAACAGGAACUGGGAGUUUUGUUUUGCAAGGGUUGGGAUAGAAAAAAGGAAGCCCAAGGGAACAGGGACUAGCAAGGAUUAUUUUCCUGCCCAAGCUGAUCUACAGUGCGAUCCAUUGGUCUGGGAGCAUUGUAAAUAUGUGAACAAAAAGGCCAUAGUUGUGUUGGGGGGGGUGUAUUGGUGAUAAAUAGGAGUUUGGUAUUGUAUGCAUAUGGCUGUGUUUGUGGAUUAGGUUAACAGCCUGGGUAAAAAUCCCCCCCCCCCAUGGAGCUGAAGACCCUCACCACUUUCUCUCAGCCUUGCCUACUUUACUGGGUUGUUGUGGUGGUGGGGGGGGGGGAGGAAAACCAUGAAUCAAACCCCGCUCUGAGUUCUUUGGAGGAAAGCUGAGAGACAAAUGUGGCAAAUAAACAAAAAUAAAAAGAAGUUUGAGAUGGAUAACAGGAGUUUUAUUUGUUUGAUGCACCUUUUCCUCCACGGACUUCAAGGCGGCAUACAUGGUUCUCCCCCCCCCCCAUUUAAUCCCCACAACGAUGCUGCAGAGAUGUCAGGCCGAGAGGCAGUGACUGGUCCAUGGUCACCCUGUAAUCUUAAUGGCCGAGUAGGGAUUCAAACCCUAGUCUCUCAGUUCCAACACUCUUAACCACUACACAACACUGGCUCUCUUUAAAAAAACGCCAACCUAUAUUUUCAACUUUAAAUUUAAUGAGUUUGUUUCUACCUAGUGAGCUUGUUGCAAUUUCAGGUUUGUUUGUUUGUUUGUUUUUUAAAAAAGCGUGCUUAGAAAUCAUUUUCAUGAAGCAUCACUGUAGAUCCUACAUGCAUGUCUUUAGUUGCCUGCACAUACUGUGUAGACCAGUUGCGGUUCCCCAGGGUCAAUACCCCUGACUUGUAUGACUGGCGCACAGUUGUCCAUUACACCUCCCGACGAUACCAUCAUUGCAAGUUUUAAAUAAGAUCUUCCUCAGAAAUAAUGACGCCAAACGUUCUUUCUCUGUAUGGAGAUCUUUUUCUAGGACCUUGGCCGGCAAUGCAUUGGCCCUCAAUAUAUUGCUGAACUAGGACAUUCAUCAUCCCUGCCCAUUAGUUUGAUGGAGCCUGAUGGGAGAUAGAGUUCAACAACAUCUGCAAGGCCACAGCCUGCUCACCAAUUGUGAAAUUCUGCAGAGUGCCUUUUUGAUGUUGCUGCGCAUCUUCUUCAUAUACAUGGAACUAGCAAACUAGGGAGAGACAUUUUAGCUGAACCCUCUCCCCAAAGUUCUCCGACUGCAGGAAAGACACAAUUAUUCUGUCUGCGCGAGGUUAGUUUUGCCUCCUUAUAGUGUAGAGUUUCCCCACAUCCUGGAAUGUUCCUUAUCCAAGCCAUCCUCCCACUUCUUGUCUCCUGUGUAAGCUUCCCCCGCUCCCUGUCCUGCUUUUCUAUCCUGUGGCCUUGUGAAACUCCAGCUGUUUUUGUUCUAAAGCAGCGCUCUUGGUUCAUCCAAGGUCAUAGCGAGGGCCAGCAGUCCUGGCUGGUUCUCCACGUGGACCGAAUGUACAUCAUCUUGCAAUGUGUCCUAGAACUGCCUGCUUGGCUGCAGCAGGGGAAAGGGUCCCUAAAGGCAGAAAAGACAGGAGUGGACGUUACUGAGCAAAUGGAAAGAAGAAGCCUCACAUCUUCCUAUUCCACCCCACAUUACAGCAGAAGUUCUCCUCUUCCAGCCAAGGAACAUUCAGUGAAGUUUAGAGGAAGGGUAACUAAAACCACGACUUGCUUGUCCCUUUCCUCCCAUGCCUGUGGAGGAAGGUGACUAGAAGCUUAACAUCUGCAGCUACUCCUGGGGUCAUUUUUAAAGAUGUAGGUGCCGUGAACUGGCUAGGACCAGAACCCCUACUUUCACAGAAAGAUACUUCAGGAGGCUCACAGUGCUGGGAUUACAACAAAGUAAAUGACCAACAACCUGAUUCCUAAGGGUCAUUGGAAUUGCUCUCUGUGAAAGUCAGUUUCAUUUUUUCGAAUCUGGUUCGAUAGUCAUCUAGUUUAGCCCCCCUGCAACGCAGGAAUCUUUUGUCUAACAAAAAAACGUCUCUGUAGUGAGUUUCCCAUUCCAGGACUUCUUCCAGUGAAGUCUGCCUAGAGUUGGAACCGUAGGCAACUUCCUGCAAAUAGAAUAAUCAUUUCAUUUAUAUCCUACUUUUCUUCCAAGGCAGCAUAGCAAUGUGAUUGUUACUCUUCCCACUGGCAUUCUAUUCUACCAACAAACCUGUUAGGUAGGCUAGGCUGAGAUAUAUUAAGUGACCCAAAGUCACUGCAUGAGUUUCAUGGCAGACUGGGGUUUUUGAACCUAGGUCUUCCUGGUUCAACACACUUAACCACUACACCUCAUUGGCUCUCACCAAGUAAUAAUAAUGACAGAUAGUCAAAUCAAUGAUUUGGAUUGCAGAACUCCUAAGUAGUCAUUCUGUUUCUAAAAGACUGCAUCCUUUUUGUAAUCCUUGCAAGGCAAAAAUAAAAUAAAAUUAAUGAAUUAUGUAAUAUAAGUCAAUAAGAUAAUUCCAGCAUGCAGAAAGCAAUUAUGCUGAUGACUACAAUUAUAACAAAAGAUUAAUGUUUCCUGCUGCAGCUUUCUUUUUAACUUUACCUCUUAUCUGCUGCGAUAAAUAUCUUUUAAUGAACUUUUGCAGGUGGCAGAACAAACAGACUUUUAUGUUUUUAUGGUCUUGAUUCAAGACUUGAAUUUUCUAUGAUAGUGACAUGGAAAUCAAAUGCAAGCAUUCUUGCGUUCCCAUUUGAAACUCUUUGUUUGCAACUAUUCCAUUAUCUCUGGAUGAAAAUAUGUCCCUCUCUCUAUGUCUCUGUGUGCCAUCACAGUCCCUUCCCAGGACAGAUGGAGCAUUCUGAGCUUCUGUGAGACAUUCUGCAGAUUUGCGCUAAACACAUAGCGUUGGGGUCUCCUGGGGUACCAUAUUGUUGACAUGGCAGAUGUAACUGCUCCCUCUGAUCUACUGGAGUCCAUUGUGUUGAUGGGAGCUUGAACACAUGCUGUUGUUCUCUCAUUCAGCUUGUCUCCUCCUGCAUCUGUCUCCUAAGGCAGUGAUUUCAUCAAUGCCCUUAGCAUGAAUAUCUUCUGAUACUCUGCAGAUAAAAUUCACUGCUAAAAUGUGUGCCACACAAUCCUCUAAAUCAUUCUAGAGAAAGGUUCUUCCUAUUUGAAAAAGUAAUAGCUACCCAUUAGUGAUUCAGUCUGUUCUCCCUCAGUUAAAAAUAUUAAAUAAGGGAGGCUUCCUCUUGUCUUCCUGUGUUAUGUUCUAUCAGGUUAGAUUUGGCUUUUGAUAGAAUACCACAUGGGUGUUACUGCAGGCGGCAAAUUGAUUGUGUGGUUUUUAUAAAGCGGAUCGCAUAUUAUUUUUGUUUGAAGAAGAGCCUGACAAUUGAAAAUGUGUUGGGCCUUAAUUCGUUCACCUUGUGAUCACUUCUGAACUAAAAUGAACUAAAAUGUCUUCACUGCAGUCGCUGAGGAUAUUUAUCUUCACUUUUCUAGUAUUCAUAGAAAGACUCAGUCGUCAUAUAUAUAUAUAAGAUACAGUUCCUUGGUUCUUUCUGUAUGUCACAUUCUUGCAUAACCAGGGGAUAGGAAACACCGGAUGGGGCUAUUGAAAUUGAGCUUCGUUCUCAGUGGUUUCCGUUGACUUCCAUGGUACAAAAUUGUCUGCAGCCAGCAAAAUCACACUUUUAUAGCAGUUGGGUGUAAAGAGAUCUGCAAAAUGGGAGCCAGAAAAGAAAAGUUUACUGAGCUAUGCCUGAUGCAGAAUAUUGGCUAGAAAUCCAGGGAACAAAGGAAGUUGCAUUAUGAAAUGUGACACAGACCUCCAAUGUGGGUUUCACUUCCUCUCUGUACCCUAGGAACCCCAUAUCUAUUCUCCAUAUAAAUGGCACUGAACACUUUUCUUAUGCCACACUGUUGCCUUUAUAGAGUAGUGCAGCUAUGAACCUGUGGGAUUGCAGUCCCAUUUUGAUGGAGUUUGUGUUAAAUGCCUGGGAGACUUUGCUGUCACUUUAACAUCAGUGUUCCUUUUUCUGUUUUGUGUUAUGUAUGAUUCAUGAAGGGGAAAAGUCUGCUCCCUUUGCACUUUUCAGCCUUGGUCACUAGACGAAAACAUGUGAUCCUCAGUCAAGUACUGUGUCAGAAAGACAAGACAGGCAGGCAGGCGGUCUGAUAGGAUGAAAAACUGUUGACACUGUGUUUUCUCCUCCCAGACAAAGCCGCUUAAUUCUGUGAGCAAAUAAGAAGUACAAAGGGGGGGGUGUGAUUCAGAGAGAGACCACUUACAGAUUAGCUCUAUCAAUUUAAAAUGACAAGUUUUAAUUGUUCCUUCGUUCCUUCUAAUAAAUUCUUGACUUGGGUUGGGGAUAAAUGCUUCGCAAAGGUGUAAGUGUCAAUAUCAGGCUCCUGCUUCGUCUUUAACAUGAAUGACUACAUUGAAUUGGACAUUUUAUCCCCCUAGCUCUGCUCCUAAAUAGCUCUUAGGUUAAUCCAAUAAAGAAACACUUUCUUCACAUCAUGUUAACUCCAUUAGGAAGCAGUUAGUGUGUAAGGUGAGAAAGAGAGUGCUUUUUUAGACAUUAUGAGUUUGAGCUAGUCUGGACUGGAGGCACCAUCUUUUUUUGGAAAAGCAGCUGGGACAAUAGUUUUCCCUCAAAAUAAACUCUGGCUUCCACUUCUAACAGGCAAUUUGAGGGGUGCUGCAGAAAUAAGAAAUCAAAAUUACAUUCCAAGCUGACUUGAUGGUUUGCAUGAAAUCAAUGGGGUCCCCCCCCCACUCCUUUAAUAGGCUUAGGUUGCAAUUCUGUACCUGCUUACCUGGGAGUAAGUCCAUUUGAACUCAGUGGGGCUUACUUCUGAGUAAACAUUAGAUUGUGCUGUUAGAUCAAUGGGUAGACUAAUCAGCUAAAACUUCGCUAAUAAAUUAGGGGCGGCACUUUGAAUCAGGUGGCAAAUUAUAAUCUUAACCCUGAGUGCUAGCUUUUGUUUAUUAGGCCAGCACUCUCUUUGGUAUAUCAAAAGGCCCCACUGUUGAGUAGAAUGCUCAUUUUUUAAAGUAAGUCAAAUCAAUCAUUGAAAAGCUGAAGUAUUAACUAAAAAUCCUUUAACCGCCCUCCUUCUUUUUAACGCACAACCCAACAAGCAUCCUUGAUCUUGCACUAUUUGUAGUUACUGUUAUUAAAGUGGGACAGAAGAGAUUCAUUGUAAAACUGUGUGUGCCUUUCAGUGUUGGGCUCACAUGGGCAAUGCAAUACACCAAUUCAACAUCUCUGAAAUGGGAAUUUGAGUCCCUUGAGCCAGUCUCAAAUCUCUGUUUUGCCUAUAGUGGGCUUGUUCGUACUUCUGCUAUCUUGUUUAAUAUGUUGCUAGUACAGUGUGAAUGUCGCCCUAUGUGCUCUUCUCUUUGUUUGGUGCUCCACUUGUGAGUGGCAACCAGGCAUACAAUCUGAUUGUAUGGUUACAGCAGUUCCUGGCCCAUGCAAGGACACUGGUGUGCUUCCAUUGUGUCUCCUGGUGCUGACAUAGGAACAGACCACACAGUCCAGACAAUCCGUGUUGCCACUUGAAGAAUGACAGGCCAGCACUUUUUGAAGACUGUAAAGUUCGGGGAGUGCCCCCUGUCCAGUUCUUUAGAGGUAGAUUUUUAAAGUAGUUCUGAACGCUUGACACCAGAGGGCAGAGUAUUUACCGGUAUACAAACACAUGGAGGUAUUUAUACCCAAAGGACAAUUUCUGUAGAAAGAUAAACAAGAAUUAAGGUUGUACGGUACUGUUGCAUGCUUGAACGCUACAGUAAUGAGACUUUGAACUAAUAUGAGCGAGAGACUAUACGUAUGCACUUUAGGCUGUAAUCCUAGACUCACUAACCUAGAGAAAGCUCCAUUAAGGUCAAUGGGAUUUAGUUUUGAAUAGACCUUACUGUGCUGGCCAGUUCUGCUGGUCCACCCUGUUGCCCCACAACAACUGAGAACAGAAGGUACGCCAAAACUCUUGAAACAUUUCAUUGUGACUUCUCACUGUGGAGGAGAAACGACAAUGUUGGGCAAGCUGUUGCCCAAGGGCCCAUUGAUGUGCUUCCAAGGAACCAAAGACUCCUCCCAGGACACACUUUGACAGCAGUUGCCCUAGAGCAAGGUUAACCGAUGUGGUGGCUUCUAGCUGUUGUGGGCUACACCUCCUUGCAACCCCAGCCAGCAUGGCUGAUGCUCAGGGAUGAUGGUAGUUGUAGUCCAAAACUUCUGGUGGGUACCAUGUUGGCUACCCUUGCCACCAAGAAACAAUUGUUUUUAACGUCAUUCAAAUAAAUCAAUUCCCGUGGCUGUAAAUCCAUAUACAGUAUAUGGGAUCCAUGUUAAACCUGAAAAAUAACCUCGUCAUCUGGGACUCUGUCUGGCUUUGGAGAUACUGUAGUUUGUCUUGAGUUUUUCUUAUCUCAUUCAUGGGCUUGUUUAUUGGCAAUAAAAAGAAGACUAGACAUGAUUAAUUGAACAUUCUAUUGUAUUUUAUUUGACUUAGUCAGUCCAGAAUCUUGAUUAGUCCCCACCACCAAGAACUAUUGGCUUCACUUGGAAGUUUGCAAGGUUGGGUGGAGGUAUAUUGGAAAUCUAAUUAUAGCAAGAGAGCAUAUUUUAUUAUGGAUGCCGUUAAUAAUGGCUUUUACAGUCCGCAUCAUAGCUUACAGUAUUCUGUUCUGCAUUGAUUGGUAAAUGCUACUUAUUCUUUUCCCUGCAAUGCAUUGCCAGUAAUCUCUCAUAUCUCUUUCAGAGAUGAGGUUCUCUAAACACUGCUGUCCUCUCUGGCCAGAAUUUUACUGAGAGUGAAAUAUCCUCCACUUUCAGAAUGUAAACGAUCUUCUUAUGGAUUGAUAAGUUCAGCUCUUGUUUUCACUGGCAACGUUUGGGACUUCCAGCGUUUUAUGUGGUGCUGUCUCAUAAAAUUACAUCUGGGUGUUUCAUGGUUUUAUGCGGAUAAAACAUAAUGCCAGUAAAAAAUAUCACUUGACUUGUAGAAAGCUCUUGAAUUUACGGUGAGGUCAUAAGCCCAUAAGCCAGUUGAGUCGGUCUGCCAGUCAGCCCCAUCUUCACUGCUAUAUGAGCUCAUCGAUUGGAGAAGCACUGUGAAGUAUUCAGCCUGAAAUUGUUAGAUACCCUGACAUAAUUUGUGCCCUUUAUAUAUUGCCUCAUUUCGCCAUUUCAGAGAAGGAACUAUUCCUUUCUUCAGGGGCAGAGCUCCAAAAUGUGUUUGAAAUUUCAGUCUGGCAUUCCUGUCGGGGGCCUCUGGGUUGUAUGGAGGCCAUUCUGUGAGAAGACGAGGAGAAAAAAGAAGUUUGAGGCAAAGAAUCCUGUUUCCUGCUAAGAAAAAGACCUGGAAAAGGCAAUGUGGUUGCUGUGUGAUUGUAUGGUGGUAUCUCGGGUUAAGAACUUAAUUCGUUCUGGAGGUCCGUUCUUAACCUGAAACUGUUCUUAACCUGAGGUACCACUUUAGCUAAUGGGGCCUCCCGCUGCCACCGCACAAUUUCUGUUCUCAUCCUGAGGUAAAAUUCUUAACCCGAGGUAGUAUUUCUGGGUUAGCGGAGUCUGUAACCUGAAGCGUAUGUAACCUGAGGUACCACUGUACAUCCUUCGAUUGUUGUUUUUAAAGCAUUAGAAAGUGGUGGAAUGGCAUGGUCCAGACUGGGACUAUGGUACAUAGGGGUGUGGGGUCUCGCUUCAACCCCCCAUGGCAUUUUUCUACAAAAUUUUUUUGCCCCUUCCUCUCUGCCAUGAUACCCCAGAAAUACCAUUCCAGGAAAAGACAGCUUUGGGACAAAUAUCAGCUGGAGCCUGGAGGAGAGAUUUUAGCAGGAAAUGGCAGACUCUCCCCCUUCUCCAUACCCUGUGGUCCAGACCCUACCACCCCCCGCUGCUAAAAAUAACAAUCCCAGGUUGGGUGGUCAUGUGGUAAAACCUAUCUUCCAUCCUGGCUCCAACUCAGUAUUCAGUACUGUUGCUACAUUUUGAGGAAAUAAAAGUGACUACUGAGAUAUUGUGGGAAAUCAAAAUGGUAGCCUAGCUCCCAUCAGGAAAAUAAUUGUUUAACGGGGGUAUGGGUUUCAGAAGUGAGUCCUGCCGUGAUACUGGGUCCCAGCAGUUGCCCAAAGAUACUGGGUGCUGACACUAGGCCUGCCACCUUGAUCUUGAGGGGAACAUGGGAUGGAAAAGCUGAUGAAGUAUAUCAAUGUACAUUCUAGCACCUGGAAAGGAGAUUACAGGAUAGGCUCUGGAUUUCUAUCAUAAUGCUUCGCAUACAAAAGAGACUUGUCCUUUUCCCUUCAUUCAUUGCAUUUCCUGACUUAUCUAGAGUUCGUCCGUUGAUGAUUUCAUCCGCAUAUUGCUUUUCCACAAAAAAGAAGAAACAUGGCCGAAGCAGGGAUGUGUAUCACAACCCAAACAGUGCAAAAACAGUAGAAAAAUGUAACAUAAUAAAUCAGCAACACAAUAGCAAAUGGAGCAAUGUACGAAAAGCAACUAUAAAUAUAACAAGAUUAUAUUAACAACACGACACUGUUGCAAUAGCAAAAAUAACAAGGGAGCCUAACACCUUGAUCAUUAUAAAAAAUAAACCCUCCAACAAUGUUACUCACAGUUUCUCGCCUGCAGCAUCUUGCAAAGCUUCCAAAGAUGCAAAGCACAGGGUAGCUGCAAAAACCUCUCCCAUUUGGCCAUUCUCCCAUGAUAUUUAGACCAGCAUUGUCUAAAUUUGUGGAGCUAAACAGGACUUCAGAGUCACAUAACUUAGAGUUUUCCCCAAAGAUGUUUUAUUUUUUAUUUUUUUGCGGGAGAAAGUUCUUAGGCACAAUGGCCUGUGUUUCUUAAAACCUCAUGUUUGUCAUUUAGUCAAAGCAUAUCAAGGUGUGAACGUUUAGAAGCUCUUACCAAGAGAGAUAAACCUGAGAAGUUUACAGUCUGGCGGCAGAUGGGCACACAGCCAUUCUUAAACAUUAUACUUUCAAGCUGCUGUAAUUAAUUUUAUGACUUGCCUAGCAUGCUUGCCUAAGUGUUGCUGCUGCCUCCUCUGCCCUGACCCACUGGGAUGGCACCAGGACCUGACACUGUUACCACCAGGUAUGGAGGUGUUUUGAAAUCCAGCUCUGCCAAGCCUUCUGCCUAACAAUGUAAAAUAAGGCAGGGAUGUCAAGUUACUGAUAAAGUUAACACAAACUGAACAUUAUUUCUGUAACAGCAAGGCAUGGAAAGAUGUGUAAUGGCCACAGCAUGGCCACCAUAUAUAUGCUCUGUUUUAUCUGAUGCAAUAUAUAGAGAAUUGCAUCGGUCUGCAGUUCUGCAAUGUGCUUGCAAUUUUUAAGAAGGAAAGCUGUCGUUUAAAAUGCUUAAACAUCAACAGUGGGAUUCAUAUUGUUCAGAUACUUUUCAAUAUCUCAAGGUUGAGGCGAAUUAUUGUGGAGUUGCUUUGAAAUCUAGAUAGAAGAUGUAGGGAAAGUUUAAAAUCUGAUUAUCAGAAAGCAUUGCUUUUGGGAUUCCAGAAAGCACAACUGGCCAUAUCGGCUCCAUUCAUCUGAUAAUGGCUCAGCCCCAAGGUUUGAGGUUCAAAGCUCACAGUCACUGCUGACAUUUGUGACCGGGACAGCACUUGGCGUGGACUACAGUGCUCCAUAGAACUUAGAUAGCAAUAAGCUGGUUUUCUUGGAGGUAUUACUAGUUGAAAAUCUAGAUUUGCGGAGUAGAUUCAGGUAAGUCUUUCAGCUUUGUAAGAUUUUGAGUGUAACUGCCUGCUUAAAUUACAGCUGUGGGUAAUUUCAUCGAUGACAUUCCUUACAGUUUCUGUGCAAUCCAACUGGUUUGUACCUUCUGUGCAACAUAAAGAGGUAAUCGACUACCCUAGCUAUUUUUUAUUUUAUUUUGGGUGGUAGGGAGGUCCUUCCAAAAGGAAUCCUUUUGAGAAAUGGUGCAAAGUGACUGUCCUUCAGUGUUUUGUAGAACUUUUCCGCCUUCCUUUUGGAAAACCAACAAGAAAAAUAGCUGGUGGUGUCCUUUUUGUGAAAAAAUUAUUACUUGUUUCAAAAGGUUUGAAUGGUUAGUUUGUUUGAAUGGUACUUCCCUUUCAUUUUUAUGGUGGUUUUAAUGUUUCUCAUCUUAACACUGCCUGCAUAGGGCAGCCAGGGCUUCGUAUUUGAAAAACCUAAAAUCCUGCUGAUCAGUUCUUUGGGAACUGUAGGGUGUGGGAUGAUGGUGGCUGAAUUCAGAUCUCUGCUCAACUCCAAAACUGACCAUCAGGAUUUUAAAAUUUUGAUUUUGGUUUCCAUGAGCUGUUGAGCCCAUGUUUUGUGGCACCAUUUUAGGACUUCAGUCUGAAACAGUGUCCAUUAGCCUUGCCAGCAUCACAAUGACGGUUCACUGUGACCAGUAUAUAGAUAUUCAUUCUCUCUCACACACACAUGAACACACCAGUUCAACACUAUUUUAUUAUUAUUGUUUUUAACUGAAAAACGUACUACAUUAGGUGACGUUAUUUUGAAAGGAACUUUGCUCAAAUUAGUUAGGAAUCUGAUGGCCUUAUAGUGCAGAUCCUGUCUAGUGUGCUGGGCCUCAGCCUUUUAGUCAAUCAAUCAAUCAAUCAAUCAAUCAAUCAAUCAGUUUCUUAUGGUCAUAGAUCAGCAUUUUUAAAAUAGCUAAAAUACAAAAUUAUAAAAGCAAGAUACAAUAAAAACAAGCCAUAAUAUAGAGCAGGGAGGCAAGAGUAACUGACCAGCAGGUUAAAACAGCUAGAAUUAUAACACUUACUAAAGCGAUCCAGUUGAAGACUGGGGAAGAAGAUUCAUGAGUCUGAAACACAAGAUUUCAUGCCCAGAUUACUAUUGGUUUAUUUUUUGGUAGCCUUUUAGUUAGGAAAAUGGUGGUGGGCUGCGUGUUAUUUUUGCUUCUGUUGUUUAAUCACUUACCAGAUUCUAAGGAUCGUAGCUGUGCAAAUUUGAAAGGAGGAAAAUUUUGUUGGUACAACACUGGACUAAAGCAUGUAAAAGUCCAAUUAAAACAGAUCUUAACAGAGGGAAGAGAGAAAGGGGAGAGAGGAGAGAGGAAGGGGAAAGGUGCACUAACAGCACAAUCCUAGGUAUGCCUACACAGAAGUAAGUCUCACUGAGUUAAGUGGGACGUUCUCCUAGGUUAGUGUGUAUAGGAUUCUACCUUAAGGCUGAAAAUGGUAUGCACACACAUCUCUAAGUAAGGGUAAGCUCUAUGGACCACAGAUGAGCUUACUUCUGAAUAAACAAGCAUAGGAGCAUAUUGUUUGGUUCCACUCCUAAGCACACUUACAAGGGAGUAAAUCCCUAGGGACUUAAUUAGAUUUUCUUCUGACGAGACAUACUUAGAAAUGCAGCACACAGAGAAGAAUUCAGGAUAUGUAUAUAACCAAGACCUGUAGUACUGAUGCAUUUUAUUGAAGGCAGCAAAAGCCAACCUGGUUGUCCAAAAAUACAACGUUCUUGAAGGCAGCUCAUGUACAGGCUGAUUCACACAUGCACGCACCUCACUUGAUUUCUCAUUGCUUGAACAUAAAUGGUUUGAUGAGUUGUGGUUGAUUCUAUGGACUGACUCCAUGGAAGAGCGUUGUGCGCUGAUGUGAUAUCAAAAUUCUGGUGAUUGAACUGGAUGGCUUGUUCACACAUGCAACACCACCACCUGAAACUGUAGAUAUAAAGCAAUGCAGGUGUGAACCAGCACUAAGUGCCAAGUCAGACCUUUAGGUGGGCAUGGAGUUCCAGUUGGAUCAAGAUUGGGGUGCAGCCGCUGUCCCCCCAAUCUGAAAAGGGCAAUGUGUAUAGAAAUGGAUAAUUAUCUGAUGCCGUCUCCAACCAUAAUGGUUGAUGGGUGCAAAACAAGAAUGAUGGAAGCACUGUUUGGGCAGCUGGCCUGUUGCAAGUGGCUGUUGUAAUUUGGUGUUCUUUUCCCCAAAGUUGGAAUGGCCAAGAAGAACUCACCUUUGAGAGUUUAAUCUUACAUUAUAUUUAAAAGUCAAACACUGCUUGCAAUAGGAGUUGGAUCCAACCUUUGAUCUUUAUUAUGAAAGAGCCUGGACUGAUUCCUCCCACCACCACCCCAGGCUCAAAUAGUUUUAUCUGUCCUCGGAGCAAGGACAGCACAUCAGAAACAGCAGGGCGAGCUGCCGUUAGCAUGCCAAGAUCGUUUGCAGCUGCCCUGCGGGCUCUGCAUUUGGGAAAUGGAAGAACAGCUCAGUCUCUCUAGUCCUUUGUUCCUUGUCUUUCAUUAGAAGGGUGGGAAGUGAGCGGUGCCUUUAAUGCAGAGGUUAGAGAUGUGUGGCCUGCGAUAUUGCAUGGGCAACCGUUGGGGUUGAUGGUAACUGUAGACUGGAAACAUCUAAAGGGCCACUCAUUCUCCAUCCCUGCUCAACACAAGUAUGCCAGAGAUGAAAUAGAAAACUCUAUGUACUUCAUGGUGGAUUGUUUCAUAGAAUCAUAGAAUUAGAAGGGACCAUGAGGGCCAUAUAGUCCAAACCCUUGUAACGCAGGAAUCUUUUGCCCAACGUGGGGCUCGAACCCACAACUGUGAAGUUCUCAUGCUUAAUAUUUGCUUCAUACUGGACUGCAAUACCUGAUGUUCGUACAUUCAGCAAUGUCUAUACCAGGGAUAGAUAAGCUGUGGUCCUGCAGUUGUCAUGAUUAUGACUGCUACCAUCCCUGGUCAUAAUGGUUGGUGAUUAUCCAAUCCAACCCCUCAUUUAUGCCAUCCUCUGGGGUGAGGUAUGCUGGUCCACUGGUGGUGUUGUAACUGUGCUAUGAUGUGAUUACGUAGACGUGUUGGCCAUCUGGGGCACUAACUCUGUGUGGUGCUGAUCCAUGGAAUUGUGGAGUAGCUCAGUUGGUAGAGCAUGAAACUCUUAACUUCAGGGUCAUGGGUUUGAGCCCAACAUUGUGCAAAAUAUUCCUGCAUUGCAGGGGGUUGGACUAGAUGCCCUUCGUGGUCAUCUGCUUCCACCUCUACAAUUCUGUGAUUCUAUCCUGGUGCUGAAAUUUGUGCAGUCUUAUUGGGAGUUCCUGGGUCAUACUAUAAGCACCUCCAGACCAUGUUAGCUAGAUCGCAAACCUGCCAGAAAAUCACAUCCUGCUCUGUGGAGACCAGUGUUGAAACUUCAGAGUAGAGGUCUUAUUACACAGAUAUAGCAACCUGGCAAUCUCAGGAGCCAUGAGGGAUGUAUCCUUCCUUCCGUUCUUCAUUUUUAAUAAUAAUUAAAAAAUAGAGCCUGGUUUCUCAGAAUUAUUUCUUUGUUUUUUAAAACAUAAUUCACAACUGUGUUUUUAAUUGAAACUGCUUUUGGGGUGUUUUUAAUUGCAAUUGGUUUUAGAAUGUUUUAACUGUUUUGUUUUUUAAUUGUCUAUGUUUGUAUUGUCCUGGGCGCCUCCAGGAAGAAGGGCAGGAUAUAAAUUUAAUGAAUAAAUAAUAAUAAUAAAAUGAAGAGAGUGGUAUGUUUCCUAGUAUAGUUAAGCCCUGCUGCCAAGAGCCUUUGCUGUCCGCUCUCUGGUUUUAUAACAUUGCUCAGUCACUGACUAAAUAGUUGCUUUUUAGGGGAAAGGUUCUCCCCCCGCCAUACCAUUUUUUCUCCUAGUCAGAGAGCAAACAACUGUAUUGUUUGCCAAAGCUUCCCUCUUCCCUAAGGCUGUUUAAUGUUUGUUCAGUACAGCUGUGGUGAAGGAUGCGUUGAGAAUGAAAUGCAACUGCACAGUUUUAAUUUCCAACACCCCUUAAACUAUACAGCUGUGAAAAUAUGGUCAUGGGUAAUGGGUGUACCCUGCCAAGGUGCAGAGACUGCUUUUAGGUUAUUGUAUGGGGUGUUAGAGGAGGGGUAGUACCUCUGGUGGGAGACAUGUUGUGCUCCUUCUGGGGUAGCUUGUCCACCUUUGGUCCCCACCCUGCAUUCAUCUUGUGAUUCCUAGAAGUUGUCAGCAUACAACAGCGGCCACACCUCAGGAAUGGCUUUGACUGGCUGGCUAAACCAGGUGAAGGUAGCCAAUGGGCCUCAAACCCUUGGUGAGUUGGGGACUUGCCCUUCAUGCAAAGACAGGCUCCGGCAUAUUGAGCGGAUGAGAGAAAUAGUGGGUCCAACGGUCAAGAAGGCGGUUGGUUUCUGCACAUGCUGUAGAGCAGCCUUUCUCAACCUGUGGGUCCCCAGAUGUUGUUGAACUACAACUCCCAUCACCCCUAGCUAGCAAGGCCAGAGUUCAGGGAUGAUGGGAGUUGUAGUCCAACAACAUCUGGGGACCCACAGGUUGAGAACCGCUGCUGUGGAGAGAAGUGAGGGGCAGGUGUGGCUCAUCCACCUGGGAAGGUAGCCCAUUUAGCAGAAGGAAACCUGUUCCUAAACCUCCAUUGCCUUGCGGGAUAUCUCCAGGAGAAGAAAAGGCUAAGGAGUAAAUUCUACACAAGUCUGGAGUCCCUAAGACAGUUGGAUGGCGCCUUGUACGCCUCCUGCCAGUAACUCCUGCAGCCAAACUGGUGCCAAACAUAUUGCUGUGCUUUCCUUUGGACCGAGCUAGGCCAAGUGAGAGGGUUUUGUCAUCUGGGCAGCCCAGGACCUCCAUAUACACUGCCCAAGCUUGCACCCCGGGGAGGUCACUUUGCUGCUGCUAACACAGCAGUUUGACUUCGCUCCCAGAGGUGCACUGUCGAGACUGAUGCAAACAAUAGGAGGCUGAAAAGGAAGACUUUUAGGUUUUUUUUGGAGCUGCACAAGCAUACUGUCCUGGGCUGCCUUUGGGGUGCUCAGAAAUGACAUCUGGCCAUGCCAACCUUCCUAAAGCAAAGGCAAAUUUGUGCUUAGAAUUUUGCACUUUCUGCUUCGUGGAUUUGUCACACUUUCCUCCCUGACAAUUGCCACAGGGCAAGUUGCUUGAAAGGUUCAUGGAUCAAAACUCUACCUCUUCUGCCCUUUGGUGCAGCUGUAUUGAAAAUGGGGGGAGGAGGAUAAACAGGAGGCAUUGUCACAUAGCAGGGAGGGGCUUAUUAGCCAGUGUCUCUUCCAUGCUGCUGAGGCAUUUUUCAGUAAUCCAAUCUGGGGGUUGGGGGAAGGGUGAUUGAGAGCUGAGUUCUAAUCUUGCAUUAGUCACUGUUCUGCUCUGGAAAGAGCUCUCUGCAUUUUCUUAUAUUAUAUAUUUAUCUAUUAAAUUUCUAAACUACUCUUCAUCAAGAAGGGGAUACAAGCGGGUAUACAGCAAUGCAUCAUGUUGCAGGGAGUGCAUUGCAGACCAUGAAUGGUCUGCAGACACUGCAGUAGUUUUAACAUACACUGUUCCGUAGCAGCAAUCCUUCUGCUGGUUUGGGUUUAGGGCCAAAUUUGAUAUUACCCAGGGAAAUCCAUCAUCAGAUUUCCUGCUUCCCUCCUCUCCCAAGGUAAAAGAAGCCGUAGGCCCCUGAAUCAGAUUGGGACUAUUGCUUUGGAGUAGAGAAGGUCUAUCCUUUCUCCUACACUGCGAAUUGCCCUACCCACUUCAAGCUGGUAUUUGCCCUGCAGAGCAAAACAUACAUGUGUGAAACAAGAAUAUUGAGGGGUCCCUUCAAGGGGUUCAGCUUCUUAAGGAAGACUGGACCUUUGGAGAGAGCAUACCUUUUAAGGCUCAAACCGGUUGGGAAAUGAGCAGAGACCAGACCAGGAUAUACAAAAGCAAAGCGGCUAUAAGUCUGAUCUUUAUUAACUGUUGCAACAGGGUGCUCACUGCCACAAACAGGAAGCAGGAGGGACCCAGGACAAAGGUGUGCAAGCCCUUAAAUAGACUUCUGAACUGCCCACCCUGGAGCCCAAGACCGCCCCUCCAUACAUCAUAUGUACAUCAGAGAAGGGGCGGUCUACAACAGAAAUCUGAGUGCGUUGUUUUUAUCCUGUCUGCCAGGUGACCUGAUUGGAUUACCUGGGCAUCCUGGCCACUCGUUUGUUAUGAUAACUACUCAGUUCCCAAAUCCAGGUCACAGGCUCAUCCUAUUCAUAUCUUCAAUGUGCCCUUGAUACAGGAUUUGAGUGCAAAGAGACAAUGGGGAGGCUCCCCAUUUCCUUUGACCUUGCAGAGAAAUGUUUGAGGUCAUUUGGGAGAGACAAAAUGGUUUCAGGAAUUUUCUGUGAGGUUUCAGACAUGUGGUUUAUACAUUUAUUUUAUAAAGUUCUUAUAACAGGUGCCUACAUAAUAACCAGGGAUGCGGGUGGCGCUGUGGGUAAAACCUCAGCGCCUAGGGCUUGCCGAUCGCAUGGUCGGCGGUUCGAAUCCCCACGGCGGGGUGAGCUCCUGUCUUUCUGUCCCCGCUCCGGCCCACCUAGCAGUUCGAAAGCACCCCUAAGUGCAAGUAGAUAAAUAGGUACCGCUUUAUAGCGGGAAGGUAAACGGCGUUUCCGUGUGCUGCGCUGGUGCCGGCUUGCCAGAGCAGCUUCAUCACACUGGCCACGUGACCCGGAAAUGUCUCUGGACAGUGCUGGCCCCCGGCCUCUUAAGUGAGAUGGGCGCACAACCCUAGAGUCGGACACGACUGGCCCGUACAGGCAGGGAUACCUUUACCUUUACUUUUUACAUGAUAACCGCAUGUUUUGCUCCAGCGGCAAAGAGUACUACUCUCUCUAUGUGUGUUUCACUUGUGGAAACAACUGUAGAAGGAAGUGACCCCAUCCGGCCCAUCAAAUGAAUCUCCCUGUCACCAUUUUUAACACCUUUGCUAUUUCUCAAAAACAGCAGGAUCUAUUCUAUUUAUGAAUCUCCUGCAUCACACCUUGUUUGGCUCUCUGUGUGCAGUUUGAAUAGAAAUUAGAAAUACAGUGGUACCUCGGGUUAUAUACGCUUCAGGUUACAUGCGCUUCAGGUUACAGACUCUGCUAAAUCAGAAAUAAUACCUCGGGUUAAGAAUUGCUUCAGGAUGAGAACAGAAAUCAUGCUCUGGUGGCGUGGCAGCAGUAGGAGGCCCCAUUAGCUAAAGUGGUGCUAAAGUUUCAGGUUAAGAACAGACCUCUGGAAUGAAUUAAGUACGUAACCAGAGGUUCCACUGUACAGAAUUACAGGUGCCUCUGUGGAAUAGUUACAUGUGGCCUUGAACUACAGUGUGUGGUGGAUGACAGGGGUUUGUGGGGGAAUGUACUUGCAUUACUUAAGGGCAGAUUAUUGACAAAAAGUAAAGUUUGGAAACACUUGGCUUAGAGUUCAAGAUCUGGGUUAAGCUCUGUAAUCAAUCCCCUGCUUCAUCUUCCUUAAUAUUGCUGCUGUGGCUGUGUGGGUGUUAUUGGGCUACGCAGCCCUAUGUUGGGUAAGAACAAAGCAACAUACCAUAAACAAGGAAGUGGUUUGUUUUGCUUUAAGAAUUAACAAAUCCUGCUAAUCCAUUCUUUUGUUGUUUCUAGUUGA